UAAGUGCACAUAGGGGAAUGACUUUAAUUGUUGCCUAUUUAGCCUCUCUUGGAAUACUUUGGGGUGUAUUUGAGAAUACUCUCAGGAAUUCAUAAAAAAUAUACAAAAAAUUGGUUUGAUAUGUUUUCUUUGAGCAGGUCGAGUGGAGAGGAAAAGUAAAGAGUAAUGUAAUAUAGUAUGUGUGGAGACUCCAGGGAGAGGCUACUGUAUACAGGGCCCCUACAGUCAGCUCUAUAACAGCCUUACUGUCACGGAGACCGGAUACUCACACCAGCUCAGUGGCAGAUUAAAGAAUGGACUAAUGGAGUACCCAAACUGACUGGUGAUUUGGGUCUGUUAGUGAAAGGGUUCAGCAGCACUAUCACAUGUCAGCUAUAUGAAUAAUAAAGAGGUCUUACUAACAAGAAUGUGGGGAAAUAACAGAAGAACAUAUUGAGUGCCUUCCAAGUGGGCAAAACUGGUUGAUAUGACAACCAGUUUUGUUGCUGAGAUGUCUCUUUUUGAAUGAGCCUACGUCAUAUACACUGUGGUGUGGCUAUCAUGCAUAUCUAGUGUGGGUGUUUCAAUGGGGAACUAUGUAUUUAGUAAGAAAUAGAUAUGGUGGACAGUUUGAGUUGUAGAAAAAUGAAGGUAAAUCAUGUUUGAUGUUCCCUUGUAUGUGAAGGUUUCAGAGUGAAAUGGAAGAGGGGAAGAACCUUCACUUGGCCGAACUGGCUUGGGAUGUGAAACGACGCCCCAGGCUUGAGGAGCUGGAAAGAGAAGUGUGCAGGGAGCUGCGCCUGGAGCGCCGAAUCCGCUGGUCGGUGAUUGGACAGCCUGGUAGCCAGAUGGGAGAUUGGAGACCCCUGGGAAUGGAGACACACACACCUCUGGGGUGUAACACUAAACCACCACCUGCUAAACCACCACCUGCUAAACCACCAUCUGCUAAACCACCACCUGCUAAACCACCACCUGCUAAACCACAAUCUGCUAAACCACCUACUGCCACUGACUACUCUGGAACCUUAUCUGCUGUGGUAGGUUGUGGGCAUGUCAUCCCUGUCAAACUGACCUUGGCCAGUUUCUCCUCCAACACCAGCUUCCCCUCCAGCCAGGGCUCAUCUAGCUCAUCUAUCCCUGCCUUGGUUGACCUUAUAAGGCUGAGAGCUUCAGAAAGUGAUGCAGAGAGUAUGCUCCCCAUCAGCAAAGACACCAACGAAGAUUCAACCCAGGGCUCUGUCAGCUGUACCUCCCUACUCUCCAAAGUCAAUGUGAUCUGUCUCACUCAGAGUCCUGACAGUAAGUCCUCCCCAAUCUCCAUUGAAGAACCAGUCAAAACUUGUUGUAGCAGCAGUUCUCUGUCCAGUGAGGAACGAGCACACUCUUCCUCCAGUCAGAUCUCUACUAAGAACCUCCUGGCUACUUGGCCACGUUCUACCAGGCCCCAAUCUGCCAAACCGCCACCUGCUAAACCGUCACCUGCUAAACCGUCACCUGCUAAACCACCAUCUGCUAAACCGUCAUCUGCUAAACCGUCACCUGCUAAACCGUCACGUGCUAAACCAUCACGUGCUAAACCGUCACCUGCUAAACCACCAUCUGAUAAACCGUCACCUGCUAAACCACCAUCUGCUAAACCACCAUCUGCUAAACCACCACCUGCUAAACCACCACCUGCUAAACCACCACCUGCUAAACCACCACCUGCUAAACCACCACCUGCUAAACCACCAUCUGCUAAACCACCACCUGCUAAACCACCACCUGCUAAACCACCACCUGCUAAACUACAAUCUGCUAAACUACAAUCUGCUAAACUACAAUCUGCUAAACUACAAUCUGCUAAACCACCACCUGCUAAAUUACAAUCUGCUAAACCACCUACUGCCACUGACUACUCUGGAACCUUAUCUGCUGUGGAGGCCACUGGCAAAUGGCAGUUGAUUCCGAUUAGGUUCAGCCCCCUGUACUGUGGGCCUGUUGUGAUCAGGAACAAUGCCGGUCCGGUGGUUAAAGCUUGGAGAACUUUCCAGUUCAUCAGCCCCUUCAUCACCUACAUGCGUGGGGGAUCCCAGCAGGUGGUGGUGAGGAUGCACCACGUGAGUAGGGUGAGAGGCCUGGAGACUCAACUGGUGUGGGCCAUCUCCAAGGAGACAGCCAGGCUUAGUCCAGAGGGCAUCCCCUACUGUGCCACCAAAGUGCAGUCCAUCACUUGGAUCCAGCGUGUGGCUGGCAGGGUGACCCACUAUGCGUCUCACCUCCGCCACGAGACGUCUGUGGACGUGACGCUUGGCUGCUACCAGCAGACUGAUGUCUCAGUGGUGUACGCCACUCUCCACAUGGGGCUGGACGGGCUUCUCUCCUCUUCAGCGUGGUCGGAGGCUGCCUCCUUCUCUACGCCCACCACUCAGCAGUUCACUGACCCAGAGCCUGAGGGCCACAACUGCUAUGAGGGCUGGGAGGAGGACCUGCUGCCUGAGGAGAGGGAGGUUCCUCUGCUAAACCUCUACCUUAUCACCAAGAGAGUGGAGGACAUCGCCCUGAGGCUCGUCUCCCUGCGCCAGGCCUUCACUACCCUGCUUGGUUCCACCCUGAGCAGGAACCGUCUGUUUGUGGCGGGAAAGGUCCUCCUGGGCGCACUGGUUCAGGCCAACCACAUGGACGAGGCCAAGUUCAUCCGUACCUAUAAGGACUUUGUGGACUACCUGAGUGACCCCUCCAAGCGGAAUGACAUUGAGAGGGAGCUGGCUGAGGCAAAGAUCCAUCAUGUGAACAUGAUAGAUGUCCUCUUUGAGCUGGUGCUGUUUGGGUUAAUGACAGCUCAGAAGUCCCUGAUGGUGCACCCUGGUGGGUUCGUGGAGCGUCUGUACGCUCUCCUGUACUCCUUCCUGCCCACUGCUGCCAACAUGGAGCCAGAGGCUGACAGAUACCUGCUGCUGCUCAAUGAUUCUUGUGACACUUUGCCACCCAACAGGGAUCUAGACACCAAUGCACUACAUUACUUUGCACUGAAUUUGACAUUUUUAAAUAAAACAAGUUGUAGUUCAAAAACAUUUUGGUUUCCGUCUUUUCAUUUAUUUGAUUUUAUGACCAUUUCCUCUUCCUAG